UUUUUUUUUUUUGCUUUUUCUUUUUCUGGAAAGCAAUAUAUGAAAUGCUUUUGUUUUGGAACUCAAGAAUUCUAACAUUUUGAAGUCAGUUCCCGGUAGAUUUAGUUUCAUAAAAAAUGCAUCCUCUCUUCAAGUACUUUUGCCUGAAAUUGAGUUUACAACCUUGACAUCUGCAGCAGCAGUCUAGAUAAAGGGGGAAGACAAGGGAUCAAAUGGAUAGCGUGGGCAAUUCGGAUGAAACUUGUGAUCUGGGAUAUCAACCUUCACAAUCUUCUUUAGAUCAGAAUGAUCAAUCAUCGUCAACCGAAGCCACCAGCUUUUCGUUGCAGAGUGGCUAUUCUUUCUGUAGAACUAACUCAGACGUCUCAGCCUUCUCUGAACCUACAGAUGACAACAGCAGCACCUUUUCGGAGACCCCCUCUCCCUUAUGUUGGCCAGGAAUGAAAUCUCCCAAAACUCCUGUGCUUUCAAAACUAGUAAUGCAGCAACAAAACCCUGCUGCAGAUGAUGAGACAGAGAAUGAAGAUUUAGAGCUUGACAUGAUGAAGGAAAGAUUUUCGAAGCUGCUAUUAGGCCAAGACAUGUCCGGAAGUGGGAAAGGUGUCAGCACUGCUGUGGCAGUAUCAAAUUCCAUAACAAAUCUUUAUGCUUCUAUAUUUGGUCAACAUCUACGAUUAGAACCAUUACAUCCUGAUAAGAAAUUGAUGUGGAAGAGAGAAAUGAAUUGCUUUUUAUCCAUCUGUGACCACAUAGUAGAAUUUGUCCCAGCAUUACAUGAUUUACAAGAUGGGACUGCUGUUGAGGUGAUGACUAGUAGACCGAGGUCAGACAUCAGCGUCAACCUUCCUGCACUGAGAAAACUUGAUGCAUUGCUCCUGGGAAGCAUGUCAGGAAAGUCACGGUCAGGGUCAUUUAGGAGGAUUCCUGCUCCUCAGCGCAAAGAAGAAAAAUGGUGGCUACCAGUCCCAUGUGUUCCUUCUGGUGGCCUCUCUGAGAAGUCAAGGAAGCACCUGCGCCACAAGCGUGAUUGUGCCAACCAAAUACACAAAGCUGCCAAGGCUCUUAAUAAUAGCAUUCUUGCUGAAAUGGAGAUCCCUGAUUCCUACAUGGCAUCACUUCCUAAGAGUGGAAGAGCAAUUGUUGGAGAUGCAGUGUACCGCUAUAUGUGCAAUGGGGAGAAAUUUACACCUGACUUGCUUCUGAACUGCCUUAAUCUGGGCUCUGAACAUGAAGCACUCGAGUUCGCAGAUAAGAUUGAAGCUUCAAUGUACACAUGGAGGCGUAAAGCAUGCAGCAUGACACACUCGAAAUCAUCAUGGGACCUGGUUAAAGACUUCAUGUCUGAUAUCGAUCGGACGGACAAGAAUCAUAUCCUAGCAGAACGAGCUGAGAGUCUGUUGUUCUGCUUAAAGCAAAGAUAUCCUGAGCUUUCCCAAACAUCAUUGGACGCAAGCAAGAUUCAGCACAACAGAGAUGUAGGGAAAGCUAUCCUGGAGAGUUACUCUAGAGUAUUGGAAGGUUUGGCCUUCAACGUCGUUGCUUGGAUUGAGGAUGUCCUAUUUGUGGACAAAACUACACGAAACCAAGAUCAGUAGGAUCAUAUUGACGGGGUGUUAUCAAAAGCCGAACUCAGUUUCUGUCAAGCUGCACAUUUGCAAACAGCAAGAAAGGAUCUUUUUGACUGACAGCUACAAUAGGAGAAAAUCAGUUCAUUACAUCAAUAACUAGCUAGUAAUGCUAAGAUGUCAAUCACUCUUAAAUGCAGUCUCGAUUCUGAUUUAUGACCCAAGAUUUAUUACCAAUCCCAGCAGUCUAUGAUUUGUGCUC